AUGACCGCCCAGUCUUCCAAUGGGUCGAGAUAUCCUUAUCCUAUUCCCACGCUUCAGGGACCUCAGCCGUCAGCGGACACGUCUAUGAAGGAUACAGAUACUCCUGACGCGUUCGUGGGUGUGGAAGACCGAUUCAAGGUCGAGACCUCUGAGGAAGAGGAAUACGAAGAUAGUCUCUUGUCCGAUACGGCUUCGGAACUCGAUGACACGGUUCCUAAACCACCGCGCGGUUUACCGGUCGCACAGCUACCAACUGGACUAUGCUAUGACGACCGUAUGCGGUACCAUGCCGAAAUCGCGGCAACAAGUGGCGAGAAUGUCCAUCCUGAGGAUCCUAGACGCAUUUACUACAUCUACAAAGAGCUCUGUGAAGCUGGCUUGGUAGAUGAUAAGGACUGUCCUCCAAUGGUGGAGGUUCCUCUCAAACGGAUCGAAGCGCGGGAGGCCACGCGGGAAGAGUGUCUCCUCGUCCACACUCCAGAGCAUUACGACUUUGUUAAGAGCACCGCUGAUAUGUCGGAUGAUAAACUCAUUGAUCUUUCCGAGGACCCGGAGAUGGACUCGAUUUACUUCAAUGCCUUAUCGUUCUUCUCGUCCAAACUUUCAGCCGGUGCCGCCAUCGAAACUUGUCGCGCGGUGGUGUCAAGGGAAGUCAAGAACGCCAUUGCCGUGAUUCGACCUCCAGGGCAUCACGCCGAAGUCGAUCGCACCAUGGGGUUUUGCUUGUUCAAUAACGUCUCCAUCGCUUCCAAAGUAUGCCAGAAUGACUUUGGUGAGGGUUGUAGGAAGAUCCUUAUCGUCGACUGGUGGGAUUUACUGAACUUGACUUUAGGCAAUGGCUGUCAAAAAGCCUUUUACGACAAUCCAAACGUCUUAUAUAUUUCUCUUCACGUUCAUAUGAACGGCAUGUUCUACCCCUCAGGAAAUGAGGGAGACAUGUACCAUUGUGGUGCUGGCGCAGGCCUGGGAAAGAACGUCAACAUUCCCUGGCCUACUAAAGGAAUGGGUGAUGGCGAUUACAUGUACGCGUUCCAGCACGUGGUGAUGCCUAUCGCAACUGAGUUCGAUCCCGAUUUUGUCGUCGUGGCUUCAGGCUUCGACGCGGCUGCGGGAGAUGAGCUAGGUGGUUGCUUCGUCAGCCCGCCUUGCUAUGCACACAUGACACACAUGCUCAAGUCAUUAGCUGGGGGGAAGAUUGCUGUUUGUCUCGAGGGCGGUUAUAAUUUCCGUGCUAUCUCAAAAUCUGCCCUAGCGGUCACCCGUACCCUGAUGGGCGAGCCGCCGGAUAGACUUGUUGCCACCGCUGCAACUGUCUCCGCCGUGGACACCGUCAAUAAGGUUCGGAACGUCCAGUCUAGGUAUUGGAGAAGUAUCUAUCCCAAAGCUCGUGAACAUGCGACCGAGUUGUUAAUCGAUCGAACAGACAUCAUCCGACAGUGGCAGGCUGCCCACCUUUAUGACAAAUACAAAUUGACUCAGCUGCAUAUUUACCGCGACACUAUUUCCAAGUCGUUUGACCACCAAGUUCUUGCAACACCGAACUUCGAAAGCAAGAAGAACCUGGUUAUUAUAUUCCAUGACUCGCCUGACUUAUUGGGCGUCGGCAACGGUUUGACCACGCAGGCGAAGCCGCAUGAUACGUGGAUGGUUGACGGCUCACAGUCGUACAUCCGCUGGGCGGUCUCACGGGGGAUGGGCGUCAUCGACGUCAACAUCCCGGAAGUUAUCACCAUCUCGGACCCCAAUGAUCCUGAAUACAACGAUGCCGAAGUCGACUAUGCCUCUACGGCGACAGACGUUGCACGAAGAGAAGGCGAAAAGCUUGCCGCAUAUCUUUGGGAGAACUAUGUCGAGCCGUACUUCCGAGGCGGCAUUUUCCUGAUAGGUGCAGGCCAUGCAUUCCAUGCCAUUGCCAAGCUGGUUAGCGAGAACGAAAGCGUCUACCCUACCCUGCUCGGAAUCGUAGGCUUCAUUUCUACGGAGCCGAUCCGGCCAAUCUCCAACCCCGGCUCACACUGGGUCAGCCAGUGGUACCGUGACAACAGCCUGGUGUACGUGUCCAAAGUGCACAGCUUGUGGAAGAAAGAAGGCAAAGCCUCGAAACGAUACGGCAAUCUGGUGCGGUCAAACGGAGAAGUGCUCAAUCAGAUGAUGAAAGUCCAUGAGCAGGAGGUGUUUGCUUGGAUGAUUGAGAAGAUCAAAGAGAACGGCGAUGACGAGAGUACAGAAGAGGAUGAAGACGGUGAAGACGCCGAGGGUAGGGACAGUGACGGCGAUACUAUCGACGAUCCGAGCUCCUCGGAGCAGCAGCAGUCGUCGUUGAGUGCAGCCGGUGGUUCCCGAAUCCCAGAUCGGAACGGGAACGUCGAGAACGGAGGUGAUGUGUUGAUGACCACGGAGCAGUGA